GGGACCGGGGGCAGGACUUCUGUCCAAAUCGAAGUAGAGGAAGGCAAAGUACCGGGGAACACUGAGGCAGCACACGCACACAGGCCGUACCCGCAGUUAUCUCCAUCGUCUGAGAGUUCGUCAGCAGUAAAAAUGAUCCAGUGGGUGCAGGGCAUGCUCUUUUUGUCGGUUCUGGUGGCGUUCGCCGCCUGCGACGCUCCUCCGGUACCGUUAGACGACAUCUUCAUUGAGAAAACUUUCGUGCCAGAGCAGUGUGGGCGCGCAGUCAAAGUAGGGGAUUAUGUCAGGUAUCACUACAAUGGCAUGUUUCCGGACGGCAAAAAGUUCGACUCGAGUUAUGACCGUGGCAGCACCUACAACGUGUUUGUUGGAAAGAAGCAGCUGAUCGCAGGGAUGGAUAAAGCACUGGUGGGGAUGUGUGUCAACGAGAGAAGCCUGGUCAAGAUACCACCUCACCUCGCAUACGGCAAACAGGGAUACGGUGAAACCAUCCCUCCUGACUCCAUCCUCCAUUUUGACGUCCUGCUGCUCGACGUGUGGAACCCAGAGGACGGCGUCCAGAGCAACACCUACCACACGCCCUCCAACUGCUCCAGGAAGGUGGAGGUGUCUGACUACGUCCGCUACCACUACAAUGGCACCCUCCUGGACGGGACGCUCUUUGAUUCCAGCCACACCCGUAUGCGCACCUAUGACACUUACGUUGGGAUUGGGUGGCUGAUCGCCGGUAUGGAUCAAGGCCUUCUGGGAAUGUGUGUUGGAGAGAAACGCAUCAUUACUAUGCCACCGUCACUUGGAUAUGGAGAGAAUGGAGAUGGUAGCGACAUCCCAGGACAGGCGUCUCUGGUGUUUGACGUCAUACUUCUGGACCUCCACAACCCCAGAGAUGGGAUCACAGUGACCAAUCAGGUGGUGCCCGAGUCCUGCACAAGGAAGUCCGUCGCAGGAGACUUUGUACGCUACCACUACAAUGGCAGCCUCCUCGAUGGAACAUUUUUUGAUUCCAGCUACUCUCGUAAUCGUACAUAUGACACCUAUGUGGGUCGCGGCUACGUGAUUGCCGGCAUGGACGAGGGUCUGAUUGGAGUCUGUAUUGGAGAGAAGCGCACCGUCAUCAUCCCCCCACAUCUCGGCUAUGGAGAGGAGGGUACAGGCUCGAAGAUCCCUGGUUCAGCUGUGCUGGUGUUUGACAUUGACAUCAUCGACUUCCACAAUCCGUCAGACAACGCUGUGAUCAUCACCAUUCACAAACCAGAAGAGUGUGAUAAGCAAACCAAGAAGGGAGACUUUGUCAAAUAUCACUACAACGCAUCUCUGAUGGACGGCACGUCCAUCGACUCCACGCAUAAUUAUGGCAAGACGUACAACAUCGUCCUGGGAGCCAACCAGGUAGUCCCAGGGAUGGAGGACGGACUUAUGGAGAUGUGUGUGGGAGAGAAAAGGCACCUUGUUAUUCCGCCUCACCUGGGCUACGGGGAGAGAGGAGUCACUGACGAAGUUCCAGGGAGCGCUGUGCUGGUGUUUGACAUCGAGCUGGUAGAGAUGGAGGAAGGACUUCCUGAAGGCUACAUGUUCAUCUGGAACGAUGACGUGUCACCCGACCUCUUCACUGAGAUGGACAAAGACAAGAACGCGGAGGUGGAGCCCUCUGAGUUCACUGACUACAUCAUGCAGCAGGUGAACGAGGGUAAAGGCCGCCUGGCUCCCGGCUUCGAUCCUCAUCGCAUCAUCGACAACAUGUUCUCCAACCAGGACCGCGAUGGAGACGGAAAGAUCACAGAGGCAGAGUUUAAACUUAAAGCAGAUGAAGCCGGUCCUCAUGACGAGCUAUGACGGGACUGAGAGUUAAAACUCAGACCAGGGUGUAGGCUGAAGGGUCAGACAGCGGGGUUGUAAUCAAUAUGUGGGUGGUAGAGUAGAAAAAGAUGGGGCUGUACGUGUAAAGUAAGCAAGUGUGAAGCGAGAAAUGUGCUGAAAGAAUUUUUUUAUUUUGAAGAUUUAGAUGAUGUUCAGUGCCAAAUGAGUCUGAGAAGAAAGGGGAGCGUUUAGGAAUGAUAAGGAAACGCCUCACAGGUCCAUGAUGACAGUGAAUUACUUUUUUUACCUCCUCUCCCAUCAAGUUCUUGUCUUGUUUUAUGUGACAUUUAUUUUUUUAUUUUUGAAGGGUACAAAAGCACUUGUGUGUGUGAAAGAACAAACCAAGGCGUCCCUCCACGACAUUGAACACUCCUUCGUGACUUUUAUUAUUGUUAUUAUUUUGUGGUUGUGAGUGCGUUUUUUUUUUAUCAGCUUGUCUCUUAAAAUAUCUUGCUUAUGUCUUCCAGGAGCAACGAGUCGGACAUCACUCACUGUAAUAUACUGUGAUGGAGGGAAGUUACAACUCAUUUAUUGAUAAAAAAAAACAAUAAGUGAGGAUUUUAAAUUAAAAUAACAUUUUAUAUACAUGUUUACAGCUGACACCUUUCACUGUUUUACCUUUUAAAUGUCGGUAAGCCUUCUGUUUUUUCUGCUGUUAAACUCAAAAUAAUACUGAAAGUUGCAAAAUCAACUAAAGGUCAAAUAGUUGAUCCAUCAUCCAAAUGUCAACACCUGGUUGCAAUUUAAGUGUGUGUGUGUGUGUGUGUGUGUGUGUGUGUGUGUGUGUGUGUGUGUGUGUGUGUGUGUGUGUGUGUGUGUGUGUGUGUGUGAGAGAGAGAGAGAGAGAGAGAAAUAGAGAGAAAAGUGUGUGAAUAUUGUUGUUGUUUUACUUUUUCAUUCAGGAGAAUACUGAGGCUUGUAGAUGACAAUGUCAACACAAAGUUUUAUUUGAUUAAAUGACCUGACUUAAAUAUA